CCGAUGUUUUUGAAAGUGGCUUCCGUGCUGGUCGUUGCAGACGCAUGCGGUGGCAAAAGAAAUCAUCCGCACAAGAAAAAGGAAUUAAAAUAGAGCAUAGAACGUGACCCUGUAUGCACGCCGAAGAUCAUGCACAGGCGACCUCCCCCGAGCCUAUCGGUGAUAGAUACCAUCUUUUCUCUCGUAGAGCACCAAACCCUAUUGCUUACCAUCACUACACAUGAACCCCUACUGAGAAUAUCAGAGUGCCAAAAACUAUCCAUCCCUUGCGCCUGAGACAAUCGCCAUAAACACGUGACCGAAUUUCUCACCAAGCACCGUCCCAUUAGAACUCCAAGGAGCCAUACAGAAUCAGUGAACUCCCCACAAGUGACCGAAAACAUGGCAAACCCAUACGCCUAUAACGGCAGCUACUCGCACUAUUCGCCCCCUCAAACGGAGAGCCAAAUGAACACGUCUCUGAUGUACCACAACAUGCCGUACGUUUCGGGAAAUGGCGGAUCCACCUUAUCGUCUCUGUCAUCGUCCACUACCUCAUCUAUCACGUCUAGCUACCUGUUGCAUAACCCACGGUUGCGUUAUUACUUAUCUAAACUGUUUGAUGUCGAGGACGACCUUGAAUUCUGCCCGGAAAUCCCCGAAUACGCUGGAAACAGCCCUACGUUUAAGAAGUUCAAUCCCCAUACAGCACUGGUCUUUUCACCCACAAACUUUGCUGCAGAAAACACUGCUGUGCAGCCUGCGAGCCAGCAAGAUGCUCGCGUCCAAACUCCCCGGCAAAAAAAGGUUAUUGAAAUCGUGAACCCACAUACGAAAGUGAAAGUGGGCUCGCCUGCGUCAGCCAAAUAGAGAUAGACAAGGGAGAAAUCGAAGGAGAAAAGAGAAAGAAGAGUGAUGUUGUUUCGUUGAUCGAGUGUAUUUUAGUACUAUUAGUUACCCCUUGUAGAGGCUGGCUUUGCUGUGCAAGGCCGCCAUGUUGAAUCCUAUACCUUUCAGAUAUAUUGCGUGACUUCCAGUAGUGCAGGCUGGGCGGGGUAGAAAACAAACAAACAAACAUACAAAAACAAAAACAAGCAAAUCAAGAAAAGAACCAGAAAUUUGGCGCGGCUGUGGCCGCCACCUUCUGGAGCUAUACUUGCUUUUAAGGAAAUAAAAAAGAAGAUAUCAGGAAAAAACGGUUGAUGCUUACCGGAAAAUCAACGUGCUCCAAGAACAUCUAAAGUAUUA